AUGACAGGACAAACCCAUAAAUCAUGGGUUUCCGGUUGCCUGGAAUUGUUAACCCGAAGAGAAGUCUUAUUCAAUCUCUAUCUCAAGGAAAACCAACAACUUUCAAAGACCUUGGAUAUCCCAAAAGGUUAUUUUGCUGUCUAUGUUGGUGAGAGCCAGAAGAAGCGAUUUGUGAUUCCAAUAUCAUACUUGAACCAACCUUCAUUUCUGGAUUUGCUGAGUCAAUCUGAAGAAGAGUUUGGGUACGAUCAUCCCAUGGGCGAUAUCACGAUCCCCUGCAGUGAAGACACCUUCCUUGAUUGAUCUCACUUCCAGUUUAAGUGUGUGACUGAAUGAUAAUAUGACAGUGAUCUUCUUUAACUCAGCAGCUGCUAUGGAGCUGAGAGAUACAAAACUCAUGAAGUAGAAUCAGACACAUGGCCACAUCAUACGAGUCUAAAUUAAGUAACAUUUUGUCUGAAAAUCACAACUCCAUUUUUGAACUCACGAACAGUGAAAUUUUGUCUUCAAUGCCAUGUAAACGUAUCUCUCCCAGGAUCAUAUUCUGGAAAUAUAUAAUAUAUGUAGUCCAAUUCUCAUGAACUUUCUUCUCUUAUUGUCCAUUACAACACUGCCAUAGUUUACUAAAUGGCAUCAUACUUGCACAAAUAAAGUGUAAUGGCUUACAUUCAGUAGUUCUAAGUUCUUAGAUAGAAAUGUCACUACUGCUAGCUUCUCUCCUGUGUUAUGGACAAGGUGUUGGGAGGGAAGACAUGUUUCUACAAGAUUGGACUCUUCGGUAGCAUAUAUAUGCAAAAUCUAUUGAAGGAUAAAGAUUGACGAGAAUGGCAAGACAAACCCACGUGAUUACAUGCUUUCUCACAAGGCAACCUCUAAAUCAUAACCCAGCUUUAUCGUUCAACAUAGUUUGGUAGAUGGAUUGAAAGCUGUGGUAGCCCUCUUCUUGUCUGCUAUGGAGGUAGGGAACAAUGUCUCUACAAGUAUGCAGGUUGGUACCAUUUAUAAUGAUUUGAGCUGGAAGACAAACCCAUGUGGUUUCUCACAAGCUAGUGUUUCUACCUGGAGCCCGUCUCAAUGCCUCUUCACCACUAAUUUCAUGUAGCAGAUGAUUUUCAACAUACCAUUUCUCUAUAUAUACACACAUGAUCAGAUUCAUGUGACUCAUCAACUCCUCUCCUUGCAAGAAUCACAAUAAGCUUUCUCUGUUUCACAAGUCCUUUGAAAUCUUUUCUUCCUUCUUUGAUGAAUUAGGUAUACAGAAACCAUGGGUUUCCGAUUGCCUAGAAUCACCAACACAAAGACAACAGAGAUCCCAAAAGGCUACUUUGUAGUCUAUGUUGGAGAGAGUCAGAAGAAACGAUUUGUGGUUCCAAUAUCAUAUUUGAACCGACCUUUGUUUCAGGAUUUGCAGAGUCAAGCUGAAGAAGAAUUCGGAUACCAUCAUCGAAUGGGUGGUAUCACAAUUCCUUGCGGUGAGGACACCUUCAUUGAUCUCACUUCUCGCUUAAGUGUGUAAGUGAACACUAAUGAAGCGGAUCUUGGAUCCAAAACAUACUCAUUUCAAAACUCGCUGCUGAGUCAAGAUGAAGAAGAGGCUUGGGUUGAUAAUUGUCAUCCACUGCAUCAAAUCACUUGUGUGGUGGGGAAACUGGCCGGCUGUAUUCCUGAAGCUGCUUCUGAGCUGAUGAAGAAAGAGUUCCAAAUUUUGAAGAAGAAUCAGAUCAGGCAAAUAUGAAAAUUGCAUAAACAAUUAGUCUAAAGUUCAUGAGACUCCAAAAUUUUGUGAAUUCAAGCCAGUCAAGUUCUGUGUUUUACUCCUAUGUAAAACUUUCUCAUUCUCUAUAAAAUAUGGGAAUGCAAAACAAUUACUUCAUAUCCUGAAUUCCUGAUCAACUUUCUUGUGUUAGUUUUCACUA